UGAACUACUGUGUGAAAACAAAACACUGGUGUCUUCUGCAAACAUCUUGCUGCAUUUUGUUUGUUUUUUCCUGCGACCUUUUGUCAAUUAUGUGUGGAAAAGUAGAGUAAAAUCGUGCAAAAGUCACGAGAGCUUUAGUUACGCGAUGUCUUUUGGUUUGCACAAUAACUCUCAAGCCCCGCCACAACUAACCACUAUUCCUCCACCCAAUUUGCUCGGGGGUCCGCCUCCUUGUUUAAUUCCUAUGGCAGUACCACAGGGGUCUAGAUUACCAAACCCAUGCAAUUCAAACAUGCCACUAAAUCCUGCCAUGAAUGAUGCUCCCCUUGAGUUCAAUAUCAAUAAAGGUAAACCGCCAAUGGCAGUUAUGGUUAUUGAUGAUGAUGAAGAUAUAGACAGUGAUGAGCCGUCAAUUAUCGCUGAAUUAGAAACAAUUAGAAAUAAAAUAGACAGAGAUAAUCGAGAUAAAGACACUCAGAAAGACAGAGAUGAAAGACUCAGAGAGAGAGACCGAUUACGGGAUCGGGAGCUUCGUGAUAGAGAGCGAGACCGUGGUCGAGAGAGAGAAAGAGAACGAGACAGGGAGCGAGAUAGAGAGAGAGAUCGUGAAAGAGACCGAGAAAGAGAAAGAAGAGAUAGGGAACGAGAAAGAGAACGCAAUGGUCGUGAUAGAAGAGACCGAAAGACUGAUGAAAGAAUUGAGGGUAAUAAUGGUCUGCUGCCAAAGCCAGAUAUGGGACCUAAGGGAGGACCAAUGCCAGUUGCAAUGCCAGGGCCGAAUGGAGGACCUAUCCCAGGCCUUGUUCCACCACCUCCACAAGCAGGACCCGGUGGACCAGGUACAGGAGGCCCAGGGGGCCCCAUUGUUCCUGGACCUAAUAUGCCUAACAAUAUGUGGGGUGGUAUGAUGAAUCCCAUGAUGGGUAUGAUGGGUAACAUGAUGGGACCAAUGAUGGGAAUGCCUAUGGAUCCUACCAUGAUGGGAAUGGGUCAAUUUGGAAUGAUGGGUAGUGUGAUGCCUGAUGGAACAGUAAUGGGUCCAGAUGGAACAAUGAUGCCUCCAGACCCAUCUCUAUUGAUGGCUCCUCACCCUCCAGAAGAAGCAGGUGUUGCAAAAGAGAUAGUUCACUGCAAGGAAUGCACACUUUUCCCACCUAAUCCUAAUGCUGCCACACAGUCCACACGGGAGAGACCUCUAGGAUGUAGAACUAUUUUCGUUGGUGGUUUACCAGACAAUGCCACAGAGGAAAUGAUUCGUGAAAUAUUUCAACGUUGUGGUGAAAUACAAACUAUAAGAAUGAGCAAGAAGAAUUUUUGUCACGUUCGGUUUAUGUUCGAAAGCUCUGUGGAAGCAGCCUUUUAUUUCUCAGGCUACCGUAUGCGCAUUGGGUCAAACACUGACUCUCCCAAUACAGGGAAAUUGCAUGUAGAUUAUGCCCAAGCGAGAGAUGACUUUCAUGAGUGGGAGUGUGCUCAGAGACAAUUACAGAGAGAGGCUCGACAUCGUCAGCGGAUGGAACAGGAGCUAUUACAUCCACCCUCUCCACCACCCAUUGCCCAUUAUUCUGAGCAUGAAUCUGCAGUUGUGGCCGAAAAAAUCAAAGGCGAUGAAAGCUUUGGACAAGCUGUACAGACUCUUAUUACUUGGUUGGAGCGAGGGAACUGCAAUAAACGGAAUUCAAAUCAGUUUUACUCAAUGAUACAAGCUGCGAACUCUCAUGUUCGGAGAUUACUUAAUGAAAAGGCCACAUUGGAAGAAGAACUUCAAACAGCAAAGGAUCUGUUCAAAGGACGCAUGCAAGGCCUCAUUAUUCAGUUCAGCGACAUCGAGAGAGUAUUUACAUCAGCCAGCCACAAGAAAGUCUGGGACCAUUUCACCAAAGCUCAGAGAAAAAACAUCGAUUUGUGGAAGAAACAAUCUAUGGAAAUCAAGACUGUCCAACUGGAUGAUGCAGUUCUUCACAAUGAAGAAAUGGAUGUGUCUGAUGAAGAGGACACAAAUCAGAAGAAAAAGCGAAGAGAGGAUUCGCCAGCAACUAUGUCCAUGUCUGAUUCAGACACACUCAAGGAGGAGAAUGAUAGCUUAAGGUGCCAAUUGGAGGCAUAUAAAAAUGAAGUUGACUUAGUUCGAACAGAUCUGAAGUCUGAGCUGAAUAUGAAAGAGCAGCAGUUAAAGAUGGUUCAGCAGACAAUGCAGGGUUUGCAACAGAAACUACUUGAAGGACGAAGAAAACAAUUAGAGGAUGAAGUGAAAAUUAAGGAUUUAUCAGCACGUUUAGCAGAGUUUGCAAAGUCUAGUAAAAGUGACACUGGUUCAGAGGGAGAUAAGGCAACUGAAGGAAAUGACACUGGUGAAGAGAAUCGUGUUCAGAAUACAGACUCUAUGGACCAAUCAGACCCUAAGACUGAUGCAGAUGCAGGUACAAAAAUAACUGAGAGAGAGGCGAAAUUGAUUGGUGUUAUUUCAACUUUUCUCCAUGUUCAUCCAUUUGGAGCAGGAGUUGAUUAUGUAUGGUCUUACUUGCAAAAGUUAGAACCUACUCUAAGACCCUCUGAAGUUGAAGCCCUAUUAUCCCGCUUCCCCACAGUCUUCAGGCAGGAACUGUGUGGAAUUGGUGCUAAUAUGGAAAGAAGAUGGCAAUUUUCUGGAUUUAGCUCAUUAGAUAAAAUAUUGUUGUAACACUUUUAAUUUGAAAUUGUGUUGAAACCUGUUGUAUCUCUUGAGAUAUAAUACUUGAAGAAGAGGUACUGCUUUUAAAUUUUGUUAACUAUAAAUUUACGGAAACAUGCGCACAGUGAAAUUGGAUUGUACAUUUCCUCAAUUUUUUAGGUCCCUGAGCAAGUGUCGCUAUAGAAAAAAGUAGCUCAUCAUCAGCUGGACUUCCAUUUUGAAUUUUUCAUUCAAAUUUUCAUUUAAGUAAGAGGUAUGCAGUAAAAUCUACACUCUUGGAAACUUCCUAUUUGUAUCUUGUUUGUUUUUCUGGAAAGGUCAGUGCUCAACUUGCUGUUAUUCAGUGUUUUCACGUGGUUCUCUUCUACUAUGUAGUAUUCAUGUAUAUACUAAAUUAAAAAUCAAUUUUGUAUUAUUGUGGCAUAUCAUAUUAAUUUAUGUCAAUUGACACGAGACAUGUCCUCAAGAAAAUACCCAUGUGAUUAUACUGAACGAAAAGAAAAAGAUUUUUAUUGUUUAUGUUAUUGCUAUCUAUGUUCUUUGUUUAUGUUUUGUUAGUGUAUGCAGUUUGAAAUGGUGUUUAUUGCACUAUGCUCAAAUAAUUUUAAAACUAUGUUACUCAGUAAACUUGAAGUCUCAGCGGGCAUGAUUAUUGUCCAUAACAAUCUGAUAAAUGAGGAUUAAAGGUUAAAUUUUCUUUUGAAUCAUUUAUUUUUGUCUUAUACAUAAUGCAUUUAGGUUUUUUCACGCUUGUCAUUGAUUUAAGCGGUUACUUAGAAAUAUUAUUGUAAUUAUUGGUUUUUGUACAUAAUAUCAAUGCAUUUCAGAGCUGUGAUACUACUCCUGAAGUUUUCAUUUUUGAUAGCCCAACUCCAUCUAGAUUUUCAGAAAAGAAUUAAUGUCCCUCAUCCUAAAUGCAUUACUGUAUCUUUAAAUUUCUUUUUAGGUAUCUUUGUGGAAGCCUCUGGUCAUUUGAACCCUGUCUAAUUGAAUUGCUCUUUCUCUGUAAGGAAAUAAACUGUAGUUAAAUGUUUUA